GAAAGACAGAGAGAGAGGGAAAGAAAAGAAAAAGGAGAAAGAGAGAGGGAGAGACCACCGCCGCCGCGGCAACGCUUAUUUCCCCCGAUCACUCCCCCGCUCUUUAGCUUCCGAUCGCCGGCUGUCUUUUCUGAAUUGAUUCUGUUUUCCACCGGCGUUGUUCUGUUUCAGAUUUCGAUGGUUGAUGAGGUGAAUGAUUUGGGUAGGGUUUUGUUGAUUCGUGUGGAACGGGAAUUCUAAUAACUGUGUGGAGGCGUUUUUUCGCAUGCUGUUUCCCCCAGCGUGCUAGCCGACGGGGAUUGCGCGGUCGGAUGUCUCAAAGGCGAUCGUCGUCCGUCGAUUGUCCCUCCCAACGCACUGCCGGUGGCGGCGCCGCUGCUGCUGCAGCCGCCGCCGAUUACCGAGUCUCGGCUAAGCGCAAGUUGGACGAUUACGUGUCUUCAGUCGAAGAGGACGAUGAGGACCCGGCCGUCUGGGACCUGGUAAGCGUGAGAAUGCGGAAGGACGAUUCCCUCUCCGCCGUUAACUCCUCUUCCGACGGUCAGAACCAGGGUCGGUUUUCAUCGAGCGGCGGCGGCGGGGUUGGCGGUGAGGAUGGGCCCGUCUCUAGCUCGGGGGAUGGCGCCGGAGACGUCUCGUCUCUCCCUUCUUGUUCGCGCGCGGCGUCGCCUCCUGCCGUGGGGCUCACUACGUCGGUUACGAGGCUCCAGUUCUUCGUCCGGAUGAUCUCCAACGGGAAUCACAUCGUUAUCAAUGCCAGUUCGGAGGACACCGUGGAAAAGAUUCUGUUGAGAAUUCAGGUCAUCACUGGGAUUCCUGCUUCCGAGCAGAGGUUAAUUUACAACGGGAAGCAGCUGCAGCCGGAGCAAUCACUGGCGGAGUGUGCGAUUCAGAAGGAUGCCGCACUUCAUUUAGUUGGCCGGAUGCGGAGUACAAAGCAUCCACAGACUUGCCGGGUAGUCGAGGAAUUGGUAAUGCUUAUUUGCAAACUAUGUAAAGGCGGGAUGCAUCCCGCUUAUGCGCCUAAGCAGAUUACAGAUUUGAUGACCGAGUUCUUCAAAUUGACUGGAAACAGUGAAAUUGAGGACGCAGGCGGCCAUUUUGAGAUUUUCAUGUCAUACUCUGCUCCAGAAGCAUUGGUGAUGCUGUAUAUCUCGACCACCACAGGUAACAAAGAAUGUGCUGAUAGUUCGAUUAAGCACUUCGUAAACUCCUGUAGGGCUUUGCCAAAGUCAUUGCAUGCGAAGUGUGCACUUGUGAUCUUAGAAUUUUGCAAGUUGCUUAGGAAGGUUGCUAAUGAUGAUCUUCUGUAUGUCUGCUGUCGAAGCAUUCUUGGUUCAUUCUUGGAAAAUGAUCUGGGGUGGCGUUGGUCAUUGAAGUGUGGGGUAGGUGUGGACGAUGUAAAGGCAUCUAUUACGAUAUCAGAGAUUUUCCCUUUUGUUCAGGAGUUAGCUACUAGGUUGUGCGAUGGUCUGGAUUCGAAUCUGGAAACUCCAGGAAGUUUACGGCCAUCAGCUACUGAUGUUCGUGACUUCUCUGGAUUCUUGUCACCAUUACGGACUGCUAUAGCAGAGCAGUUAAGAACUGGCCGACUACUAUAUGCUGAAGAGAUUGAGCAGCUUCGUGUUAUAUAUUGGGACUUGUUAAGGAAGAUGGAUCAGUGCCUUCUUAAGUUGGACUCCUCGACUUCGAAGUCAAGUGGAGAAGGUGAGUUGAAUCUUACAUCAGGGUCUCAGUAUCUUGCCAUUUUGAAGGAACUGAAUGAAAUAAGUAAGCUUUACGAGGGUUCCGAAGAAUUCUGGAUGAUGUUGAAACUUAGAAAGACUUCGAUUCGUGGUUUGAUCGUUAAAUACGCUAAGAGAACUGAUGAUCAUCAAUGGCUUCUUCUGCACAAGGAUGUAACAGAUUUUGAGUCGCGGAGGCAUUUGGCUAUGAUGAUGUUACCUGAGGUGAAAGAAGACUAUGAGGAUCUAUACGAGAUGCUUAUUGACAGGGCACAUUUGUUGGAGGAGUCAUUUGCAUAUAUAGGCCGUGCUGAACAUGAGUCAUUGCAUGGAGGUUUAUUUAUGGAAUUCAAGAAUGAGGAAGCUACUGGUCCUGGUGUACUGCGAGAGUGGUUUCCCUUGGUAGUUCAGGCUUUAUUCAACCCACAAUAUUCUCUUUUCCUGGCAUGCCCAAAUGAUCAAAGAAGGUUCCACCCUAAUCCUGGAUUUGCAGCAUCUAAGGUGGAACCGAGGCAUCUCGAGUAUUUCACCUUCUCGGGCCGAUUAAUCGCACUAGCUUUGAUGCACAAAGUGCAAGUUGGAAUAGUUCUUGAUCGCGUCCUUUUCUCGCAAUUAGCUGGAGGACACAUAUAUUUGGAAGACAUAAGGGAUGCAGACCCAAUCUUGUACAGUAGUUGCAAGCAAAUUCUGGAUAUGGAUGCUGACUUUAUUGACUCCGAUGCUCUAGGACUGACAUUCGUUAGAGAAUUCGAGGAGUUGGGGUCCAGGAAUUUUGUGGAACUCUGCCCUGGUGGGAAAAAUGUCAUAGUAAAUAGCAAGAACCGAGAAGAAUAUAUCAACCUCCUGAUUCACCAUCGAUUCGUCACAUCAAUCUCUGAACAGGUCUCGCAUUUUGCACAAGGCUUCUCUGAUAUUCUUUUGAAUGGAAGCCUCCCUAGGUUCUUUUUCCAAAGUUUGGAGCUUGGAGAUCUUGAUGGGAUGCUGUAUGGGAGUGAAGGUGCCAUCUGUGUUGAAGAUUGGAAGAAACAUACCAACUACAAUGGCUUUGAAGAAACAGAUCCUCAGAUAUCCUGGUUCUGGGAGAUCGUUGGGGAAAUGUCAGCUGAGCAAAGGAGAAUACUGCUCUUCUUCUGGACAUCGGUGAUGUAUCUUCCUGUAGAGGGUUUCCGAGGCUUGAGUUCUCGGCUCUACAUAUACAAGUCCAGGGAACCACAUGAUCACCUGCCUUCAUCCCACACAUGCUUCUACCGCAUCUGUUUCCCACCUUACCCAUCCAAGGACAUCAUGCAAGAUCGCCUCCGCGUCAUAACCCAAGAGCACAUUGGUCGCAGCUUCGGCACCUGGUGAAAUGCCUGGGUUUAGAGGAGGCGCGUUCUUUAAUCUGCACAUAGAAAGAACGAGAAAAAAAAGCUAUGAAAAAAGGAAGAAGAAGAAAUCAGGUUUUGUACAGAUAGGGGGUUUGAUGCCAAAAGUCCUAUAAUUUAAGGAAGGUCCAUUGUUAGGUUUUGAUCUUUACAUUGCCGCUGUCGUCAUCUCGUCGGGUUAUGGAUCAUGGAGGUCAUUGCUCUGGUCUGGUUCGUUUUUUGUUUCGACGGGUAGGUCUGUUAAUAUAGGGUUCUUAAGCAUAUGAAUAACGGUCUGGAGUCAUAGAAAGGAAGCACAGAAGGGAAUUUCAGUGCUUUCUUCCGUAAGACUUCUCUCCCCUUCCCCCUUAGUUUUAAACUAUUGACAAUGAGUCUAAUGAUCUAGUUUUUCUUCUUUUUGUCGCUAUUUUCGUCGUAAGUACGCAGAAUCAUGCUUGCAGUGACAUCUCAAA